ACUUGGAGAUUUAGGAGGAGGCUUCUCUUUUUCUCUUUGGACUAUUUUUCUUUUUCUUUUUUUAAACUAGUAAGACUUUGUACACUUGUGAUUUGGACCUAACUGAACUUUAAUUUGAAGAUUCAAUCUUGUUGCUGCCACCUGUAGAUGUUGUCAAUGGUUACCGAAUCCCAACCAUCAGAUAUUUUCUGAGGAGUGAAAACUGUUGGAGGAGGAAAAUUUCCAUCACAGACUUUUUGUUCUGAGAUUGCCUCCCAUCUUCCAGGAGUUUGUUGUUGGUGCAGCUUCAGAUAAGCUGCGUGAUCAUGGCAGACUUCCCAUCCAAGGUUACCACAGAAACCAGCUCCCCCAACUCCCAGAGCUCUCAGCAUGGGGGCAACAGCCUCCGAGGGCUGGCUGCUAACGUCACCACCAUGAUGGACAUGACUUUUAUCCGAAGCAUCCCGGCUAUCCUCAUGAUGGCUGAAAUAUUUCUGGGGCUGCUCCAGUGGGCGUUGAUAGCCAGUGCCCGCUACACGCUGCUGCCGGCGUAUGGAUGGGUGAUGUUUGUGGCCGUCACUCUGUGGAUCCUCACCACCAUCCUCUUCUUCAUGAUCUUAUUUCGCACCCAGCAAAAGCUCACCGCUAUCCCCUGGCCACUGACGGUGAUGGUGUACCAAGGCGCAGCUACAGUCCUCUAUCUGACUGCCUUCCUGGCCAAUGCAGCAUCUGUUCAUCCCCUCUUCAACAGCUAUUUCUACGGACAUCUGGCAGCCGCUGCUUUCUUCGGUGCUUUGGUGACCCUGGCGUAUGGCGCCAGUGCUUUCUUUUCUUAUCUGGACUGGAAGGGAGAUGGAGGAAACGCUGCCACCAACACAGUGCCGACCUAGGACUCAAACCACGCGACUCUGUGCCCAGGAAAAGACUCUGUGUUUUCUUUCCCUAAACAUAUCUGGAUAAUUCGGAUAGUCUAGUGUCGAUAUCAACAAAGUGUCACUUGACCUCUACUGCUGCCUCUGGUACCCCAGAUCCUGACUUUAGUCUAACACCAGUCUUAACAAUAAGACAACUCCUAAUUCACUCACUAAAACUCAAUAUACUUUUACCUACAUAGUAUACAAAUAUUUUGAAAUGAAUGUUUUGGUAAUUACAGUGAAAUUUAUUUUUUCCCCCAAAAUGAAUAUAUAAAUAAAGAUAGAAGUGCCUUAAAUUCUUGGCAACACCAGG